AUGAGCGAACCCUUUGAUAUCCCUCAUCUUGCCCAAUGUUUCUACGCAGCAAUGAUCCUGCCUCAUCUUGCUCGACAAAAGUCUCAGAGAAGGGGGCGACGCCGGCGACAGCUUGGACUGGGUGAUGUAUUUACCAUUACUGACGCGAAGGAUGAUCACGCAGACGAGGAGACGACAAGGACAAGGGGAAGGACGACAACACAAGUAAAACCCUCUACGUCGUCCGUGUCAGUUCGUCCAUCCUCUUUAACUGCGUCAACGUCAUCGUCACUGUCCCUCGGCACACUGUCCCAAGCUUCGUCGUCUCUGGGCUCGAGCAUCAGCACCAACAUCAGCAGCAGUACCAGCAGUACCAGCAUCACACUUCAUUCCACCUCAGUGUCGACAAUCACGCCCAUUGAAACCUCUUCAGCUGCAUCUGGCUCAUUGAUCUUCCCCAACGUGAUACCGUCCGAUUUCCCCGUUCCACACUUUAGAGAUGAGGAUCACGGAGAAAUCGGCAGAGGAUACUUGAUCCUCAGGACAAACCAGCUGGCGGACUCGAUGAUCAUUUUCGGCAUGUCCCUAAGCUUCUUUUUCAUCUUCUCCAUCUUUCUUGUCAAAUGCUCGAGGCUACUCGAACGGCGUCAAGGCAAUAUCAAAGUAGACGGCAUGGUUAGCGCCGACAUGCGCUGGGCGGAAGGACGAGAAGUGAUCGAGAAGCGAAUUGUCUAUGAACCGCUUGGAUCCGAGCGACGCCGAAUCAUGGAACGAGCUCGUCCCGAAAACAUUCGAAUGUCGACCAUGUCUCAGAGCGAGCGAAGGAGACAUCUGCCUUCUGGUCAAGCAAGUGAAAUCGGUCGGCAAGGUCAGUAG